UUUGACUCUUCUCAAGAUCAGCCAUGCCAAAGUUGACGAUGAAGAAGCGGCAUACAGCUCAAAAAGAUGAGACGUCUCCAGUGCAAAUUCGGAGCCGCAGAAUCUACCCGAAAGGCUGGAAGCCACACGUUUCCCCUGUCAAGGCACAAGUCCCACCACCACGCGUCUACCCGAAAGCCCAACCGUGCAGAAUCUCCUACUUGAUGUGCAGAGAGCUGGCCCAGUCCCACCUUCAGCCCGGCGGAGAGGUUAUGGAAAACGGGAGAAAUGGACUUUGGGAUGCUCUGGAGCUCAUCGAAAAGUCGUUGAAAAAGUCGUAUGAGAUGAAGGAAAGCAAAAGGAAGAGCGAAGAAACCGCCGCCGAUGAAGAGAAAACUCAAAAAAGUUAUUGAUCUAAUUAGAUUGUUCUAAAUUUAUUUUCAAAUUUCUUGUGCUUUUUGAAUAUCUGUUUGAUUGACUUUUUGAACUUCCAGUAGUAUAAACCUGUUU